CGGGAAUUCUUCACUCGGCUUCAUUCCUUCUAGGACAAUCAACCAGGCAAUUAAGCGAGGGAAGGGCCAAGGCAGUGGCUGUCUCCUCUAGCAGCCGUAAAGGCAUCCCACCGCCGUUGUAUCCCCAAGCUCGUGGUCGUCAAACUUGGCCUUUACAGACUCAAACUUCGACCAGAGUUCUUCCAUUCGUGCAUCAUGGCGUUUAUCCGAACCUACAAGUCGUCCGACUUUGAGGCGAUGGCACACAUCUGCCGCGACACGAUGCCUCCGUCCCUCAAGGCGUCGGAGCCAGCUCAACGUGUCGGCCCAUACCUCUGGACGCAUCCCUUCACGUACCUGUCGCCAGAAAACUGCUUCGUGCUGGACUCGGGCUCCGGUUCCGACCCAGUUGGCUACUGCAUCGGCUGUCCCGACAUUGCCGCCUUCUGUGCCGCGUAUCCAUCCUACGUCUCCGCCAUCCUCGACCCUUCCACCGAGGUCAGCCCCCCCGAGUGUGACAGGGCAACCAAAGCGCCGUGGCUGCUCCAUGACGGUCAGAUCAAUGAGACGGCUCUCGCUCAGCUGGCAUACCAGCCUGAGUGGCUGCUGCUCAACGGAUACGAGGACCUCAUGGAGGAGGGGUACAAGGCGACCAUGCAUAUUGAUCUCUUGGACGAGUGGCAGGGUAAAGGAUGGGGACGCAAGCUGAUUGAGGCGUUUGCCGAGAGCGUGAAGGCCGCGCGGCAGCAGCAGGACGGCAGCGUCAGCAAAGGUAUAUGGAUUGGUGUCGCGGCUGACAACUCCAAGGUUGUGCCAUUUUACCAGAAGCUGGGCUUCAAGAUCAAGGAGCGGAGGAAGCAGUCGAAGUCGACUUCCAUGGUUCGCGAAUAUUAG